GGAAAAUGGCGACCCCCAUGGUUAGUCGAUUUAUUGGCGCUCCGAACUCAAAACGACACAUUUGCCUACACUGAGCACGUCCCACAUGUUUGCUACCUAUGGCACUGGGAAAUGGAUCUUGUAUAUCUAUCAUUUUUCAUAGCAAUCUUCCUUUCUGCCGCAUCAUUCGCGGUAAAGGUAAAUACUGUUGAAAGUAACAGGAUACCAAAUGAGAAAUCAUGUGGAAUUAAGAUCGGGUGUUAUAAUGCAUCAGUGACAAAACCUCUAUGUGGAAAUGGCAUUGUCACAUAUUCACCAGACUUAAAUUAUACAGCAGAGUUUGAACUCACCGGAUGCGAUGGACGAAGGAUAGAGGGCGUUCCCGUAUCAUGGCGGGAACUCAGCGAAUCAGCAGCCGACAAUGAAAUAACAUCAUGCAGAAAUCAGUGUCAAUGUUCGAUACCCAUAGGGAUUAUACAAAGGCGGAUAGGAAAUCCCCUGGUGCUGGAGAUUUGGACGUCGAUAGUACCUAUCCACAAACUAGUUAGACUAGGAAUCAUACUCAACGUCAAACCACCUGAACAUGGGGUUUAUACAAAGAGAAGCAAGGUAUCCGCCCAGACUUCUGUGUCAGGAACAAAGACCAUUGGUCCACGAACAAAACCAAGAACGGCGAAGACAUACUCCAUUAGAAAACCCCGUAAGCGUCCUUCAAGAGCAAGGACAUUUGAAGAUCUUGUACUUGAACAUUUAUCCAGCAGCGCAAUGACAUCACAGGGACAAGAAAAGACCAAUAGAAGUGACAGGAUUUCUUUCAGUCGGAUACCAAGUAGAUCUUUUGGUAAAAGCAGACACAGAAAUGUUAAAGUGACCAGCAGAAAACCAGGAACACAAAAUCAAAAACACAAAUCGAAGAAAGAGAAAAUAUCAACAAAACUGAUUGCUGGGGCCGCUACCGAAAUGUCGGUUUGGGGAACUGUAAAGAUAAUGAACACUACAAGCUAUGACCCAAAUAUGACAGAUACAUCACCAACCGUUGCUGAAAGUAAAGACAUUACCAGGAAUCACUCGGGUAGAAUAAAAAUGCCAACCGCAAUAGUAAAUGCAUCUCGAGGUAUAAAUGUACCUGUAGUUAAAACUCAUAAUAAUUCAAAGGCCAUUGGAAGUCUUAGUGUACACAGAAAAGUCAAACCAUUGAGUUUGAACAUAACAUUGACUAAGCAUGGAACAUGGACCAAAGGCGGCAAAUCUAAACUGAAUAUUCACAGAAAAAUGGAAAUACGAAUAAAUAGUAACAUAUCAGACUCUAACACUGCACUGGAUUCGAUAUUGAGUUCAACGUCGCAGAAAAGAAAACCUAGUUUAGUUAACAAAUAUCGCGGCUAUGUGCGCACAUCUGCAUCAAGCAAGAAUGACACGAGGGUUAGGAAACAGAAACAUACAAAAGACCAAGUGAUGUAUAACUGCGUGGAGUUUUUCUGUGGAAAGCAAGGGAAAAAAGGGCGAUGUCCAAAGAUCCUGGUUCUUCAGUGUCUUCACCUGUCGUCCGGGGAGAGAAGACAACUAAUGCUCGGAGAUAUUCGAGAGGAAGUGCAGCAACUAAUCGAUAUGUUCAACGUGUCAAAGUCUGAUCUGAAAGAGAUCGAGAAGUCGGCCAAAGCCUCUGCUCAUCAACUAAUGAUACAGAAUGGAAACGCGAAUACCUUUUCUAAGAAAAUUGGAAUAGCGACUGCUGAGAUUCUACGGAAACUCUACAACGCGUCUUACUUGGCAUCCAGAGCUGCGAUAACAGAAAGAUUUGGAUGGACUAGAGAAGAUGCAAGAACGGGUUCCAUUCGAGUAUUCGAAGAAUGGAGCAACUGGAGUCACUGCUCGGCAUCGUGUGGAACCGGUAUAACCACGCGAUCACGUGUGUGUCCGCAUAAGACGGCGGAAUGUCUAACUAAGCCCAGCCACGUGUCGAGGGUUUGUACGACGUCCGCUUGUCAUAAGGUCCACCCACAACAGCCAAUGCCAUGGUCAAGCUGGUCAGCAUGUUCAGUGACGUGUGGCCUAGGUCAGGAGAAGAGAUCGAGAACGUGUGAUGGGGGCUCUGGACGAAAGGCUAAAACAAAGAUAACGCUCAAUAGGGACAGGUGUAAGGAACCGAUCACAAUGGCUAGGCUUUGCAUUAUGUCUACAUGCAAUGCAGACUCCAAUACCUGGCGGAAGACAGUGCUUCUAGGUUACGACACGGUGCUGAGUUGUGGAUUGUCGCGCCCCUGGUCGUCCCCACAGACUUAUUGGAUAACUCCUGGUGGAAAUAAGGUGUCCCGAACUACACAUUUACCAAGAAUAUACAUGGUAAGUGACACUCUCGUAAUCCAUGGGGCCCAGAAGUCGGAUGAGGGAGUCUACCAUUGCAUCGUCGACCAACUACAACCCAGCCAAAUUGUCACGACGGACACAAGAAUAGAGGUAUUGACUUGCUCCUCGUCACCAUGUGAAAACGGAGGCACAUGCAAAGAACAAAGAUACAGCUUCCAUAGACAGCUCAAACAGGUCACGUGUGCAUGUCGAAAAGGAUAUGGAGGACGUCACUGUCAGGACCAUGUAUCACAUAGCGACUUUCGCCUCUACGUUCUCGUCGCAUGUCUGAUUGGUCUUCUGUUCUCUAGUUUGCUUGGUUUCCUGGUAUACUGCUGUGCAUACAGGAAAGCUGAACAAGAUAAGCCAAAACUGUCUAAAAAGAAAGAAGUAAAGAACAAACCUGGCAAAGAACCUCAGAUGUUUGAACAUUUAGUUGAAGAAGCCGACGUUUCGACAAACCUGGACAGUAGUAUUAUCCACAGUGACGAUUCGUGGAUACAAAUUUCAGAAAAGGAUUACCAUGACUUUCAGGAACAAACAGCAUCCAACUUGCACGGACCAGUCAGUCGUAGUCUCCCUGUCCUGAAUGCACUGUCCUUCAAGACCACAAGCAUGUCGUCCCAUCCGAUGUUACAACGGAAGUCUGUAUCGAAUACAGAAAAUCGUACCCGUGACAAUUAUGGUGACAUGCAACCAGAGAGCAGAACGCAUGUUUUUCCGGAUCAACCUGAUGGAAAUGCAUACGAGGUCCCUACAUCUCCUGAAAUAAAAUCUAAGAUUUUACUUAUAAAACCUAACCGAAAGGCUAAAAGUUCUCCAGAUUUAAAAGCGAAGAAGACAGUGUCGUUUCAAGUUGAAGGCGUAAGGGAUAACGCAAAAGAUCACAUGGAUGAAAAGAUCAAGUCCAUGGCGAAUGGAUCUGCACACCAGGCGUCAUUUACAUAUAGAGGAGGUCAGCAAGCAUCGACAACUAGAUCUCCAUAUCAGAUGUCGUCGACAGCUAGUUCCGUACGCAAGUUAUCAUCAACUAGUCCUGCAAAGCAGAUAUCGACAAAUAGUUCCGUAUGCAAGAUGUCGUCAGACCCGAAUGAAGAUAAAGAUUUCUUAGAUAUGAGUGAUGCACAUCAGUCUGAAAAAGAGUUGGUCAUCGUUACAUCGGAUUCGAUUAUAGGAUUACACGGAGAAAAAACCAACCGUGAUUUAGAAGACGGUUUGGAAAUCGUCCAUAGACGGACAUUUUCUCCACAUGAGCAAAGUCAUGAUUCAAAAUUGGAGGAAAAUGUUAAGCAAUCUGAAGAAGACAUGAAGUAUACACCUGUUUACUACACGUAUCAGCCAUCGGCUGAUAAAGACGAUCUGUAUGUGGAUAUGUGUGAGUUUGUUCACAGGAACACAUUCUUCCCAGAAGAGGAUGUACAACAGGCCCCGUCUGAACAGCUAUAUGUCAACCUGAUGGACAAAUCAGCUGCCUAUUCAGACUAUCAAAUUCCUAUCAACAUUCAAACCAAACAAUAUUCACACCCAGAAACAAAUAUGUCCCAGGCAACUUCACAGGAAGAUUGUGGACUAAAAACUACAAACGUGGAAAACGACGAGGAUGACGUUAUAUUCAAGUCCUCUAAUCCGGAGGAUUUAUCUUUAGAUCAUGAGGCCAAUUCUAGUAAUCAUAGCUACACAGAAGACCAAAACACACUGGACCAGAUCGUAAGUGACUCUGAGCGACUGGAUAGUUCAACUUCUUUGGAUAAUGUGCGCACCGCUGAUAAUCAGGAAAUGAACUCUUUCAAAUUCAUUGGAAAACUCAUUUCAUCGACGUCGUUUGAGGGAGACGACGAGUGUUAUGAAAGUGAUCAAAGUAGUACCCUGUGUCCAAUGCCUGAUUUAGAUGGGAGCGAGUUUAUUGACGACGGUUCGUGGGAUGCUACGCUAAAAGAUUGCUUUUCUAAUAAGAUAGACGAUUCUGCAGAAGUGCUUGACAGCCUAGUGAGGAGUUUCGAGAAACCUAGAUCAUUUGAUACCUCAACAGAACUAGACACUGUCUCAAAGUUGCCUAACGACACAGAUGGAAUGACGUCUUCAUUUGAUGUGUCUCUCGGUGAUCUUUUGGAUGGAAUUGAUAACGACAGAUUGUUCGGACAAAUUACCAGUGACAAUGACAAUGAUCCUGAUUCUUGUUUAUCUUCAUGUUCUGACAUUGGCCACCGAGACACAGAAGCAGGUAAGAGCCCCAGCAAUGGAAGAUCAAAAACAGAAAUAAGCCAGCACGCACAAAGUUCAAGUACCUUUGAUAACUCUGAAAUACAACAGCAACCAAAAACAUUUUCGCCAUCUUCUCCUAGAACGCGCAUGUGCAGAGGGCAUUAUGAAAUGGUGUAUGGUCCGGCUAGUUAUCCAAGUCCGAUAUUUCAACUUGAUUCCGAAUCUAGUAGUGACGUCCAAGGAAUGACGACGGAGGUAGAAAACCUCCCCUUACAAGCAUACCCGACAGAACACCAUUAUUCAUCGAAAUCCAAUAGUGAUUUUCCUUGAUUUAUAUCAAUAUGAAUAAGGCUGUCAUGAUUCUUUAUUUGGUUCGCGAUUGAAAUUUCUAUCUAUAAUUACCUAAAUGUAGAAAAAUUAAAGUCAUGACGUUAUCUUAAA